AUCAGGCCAGCAAGGAGACAAAGAUGGUGUUCUACAUGCAUGAUCAGCUGAUGGGUGCAAAGCCGACGGCUUUGCCUGUUGCCAUGCACAAGAAUGUAACUGCGUUGGACUUCGGCACCAUAACGGUUAUCGAUGACGUGGUGACGGAAGGUAUCGAAAGGGAUUCAGAGCAAGUAGGCCAAGCACAAGGCAUAUAUGCAAACUCGGCGUUGGAUGGGACCGACAUCCACCUAUUAUUCUCGAUCAUCUUUACCAAUAAGAAAUACAAUGGUAGCACAUUAGAGAUCCAAGGCACGGAGAGGUGGACUUUGAAGCAAAGAGAGGUGUCAGUAGUGUCUGGGACAGGCGUGUUCCGGUUUGCUAGGGGCUAUGCCAACUUAGAGACAACAUACUCUUCUGGAUUGAAUGCAAUUGGCAAGUUUAAUGCUACUCUUCUCCAUUAUUGAAUGGAUUUUA